UUCUUGGCUGAAGUUGAAGACCUGUAAGUCGAAUUGACCAGCCGCCUCCUGUCUGAGGAAUACGAAAUUAUCACGAGGCACCUAAAUCACUAACAUCACGUGUUCAAAGUACACCGGGCAGGGAACUCGAAGAGAGGCUCAACAAACACUAUGGACCCGGGAAUUCCUACUAUGAAGAUUUAUGCCGCCUCGUGCGCCAGGGGCUUGAGGAGGGAUGGGUCGCAGAGACCGAAUUGGGUCAUGGUAGGAUGUACCGGCGAGGCAAGAUCGCGCUGCCCAGCGCUGAAACACGCUUUUUUAGUAUCACUACAGUGUACAUGGAGAGCGAAGAUGUGUUCGCGGGGCAAUACCAUGCCCAUCCCUACGGAGAGAUCAAUUGUGUUGUCCAAGUAGACGAGACGGCCGAGCUGGAGGGUAUGAACGGAUGGCGCGGCGCCGGGUGGACGUCGCCCGGUCCAGGUACACACCAUUAUCCCCGAGUUCGCAAGGGGGCGCUCGUUGCACUAUUCUUCUUACCUGCUGGUCGUAUUUCGUAUAAGGCGACACCGGAUAUGAAGCAACCGCUUAGUAUAUGAGAAGCUGUACUAGGUACCCGACAGUAGACACAAUAAUUCAUUUGUGCCAGAU